GUAUUCCCUCCGAGAGGUAAAAAUUGAGGCCGGGUUUGCUGGAUGUUUUGGGUGCAGAACUCUGCCAGCAAAGACAACUUUUCCAUCAUUUAAAAGCAGCCUUUUGGUCACAAGGCUAUGUCUGAUAUCAGACCUUUACUUUCCUGGAUGCAGCUGUAAUACCAGUUGCCAUGGAGAAGAUCAAGGAACAGUUUUCUAGGCUUCAAAUAGCAAAACGGUGUUCACUAACCGAAGACCCAUCUUACUUAUUGGACAUAGAUAUUUCAAGAGCAGAAGGGAGCCAUUUAGUGGCUGUUUCCUGCUCCAAUAAAUCAAUCAGCGUUUACAACAGGGAGACAUUGUGCUUGCUACAAGAAUAUAAUAGCCAUCCUGCAUUGCUAAGUGGUGUCAGAUUUGCACAUACAAAUGAAAAUAUAUUAUUUUCAGCUGGCAGUGAUGGAUCGUUGAAGUGUUGGGAUAUUCGUUCAUCUGCUGUGAAGCCUGUACAUUUGUUUUGUGGCAAUCCUUCAGAUAUUUUCAUUAGCUGUGAUAUAAGCUGCAAUGACCUCGUAGUAUGUGCUGGCACAGAAAAAGUGGAAGAAGAUGCAUUUGUAACAUUCUGGGAUGCGAGAGGCUGCACAAAUAGUGUCCCUUCCAGCAAACGGUCACUAGGUGUCUAUUCAGAAUCUCAUAACGAUGAUGUAACUAAAGUAUGUUUUCAUCCCAACAAACCACAUUUGCUUGCUUCAGGCUCAACUGAUGGAUUGGUAAAUGUGUUUGAUAUUAACAAAGACAAUGAAGAAAAUGCUCUGGUUACCACUUGUAACUCUGAUUCUUCUGUAAGGUCUAUUGGAUGGGCUGGAAAAGAUUAUUGGCAGAUUUACUGCAUGACACAUGAUGAAGGAUUUUGUUAUUGGGAUCUUACUCAGCUGGAUUCUGAAAUGUCAACUACAUUAUUGCAUAUUCCAGAUGUCAGAGAAGUAGAAAAUAUCAAACUGGAUUACUUAAUUGGUGGUGUUUAUCAUGAAAAAGUGGGCAAAUUGUUUGUAUUUGGAGGGAUGUCAACAGGAAGCAUUUGUCUCAUAGAGUGUUGUGCUCAUGAACUGAAUUCUGUGGGAAUACUUCAAGGAGGACACUCUGCUAUCGUUCGUUCCUUCUACUGGGAUAUGGUUGAUGAUUCUCUAUUUACAGGAGGAGAGGAUGCAGAGUUGUUGCUAUGGAAACCAGGAGCUGUAGAAAAAGCUUUGAGUAAGAAGACUUCUAUGAAAGUGAUUUCCUCUGUCAAUCAGCAAACAAAAGUUCAUCAACGUACCUUGAAAACAAAACAAAAAGUAAAGAAAUGAAAAGUUCCAUUUUUAACACUUCUAGAGAUGACUGUGUGUGUGUGUUGUAGAAGAACACAAAAAAGAGUGGUUGAAAUUUAAAGGCAGUUGAAUGUGAUAACUGUUGUGUGGACUAGAACCUAUUUCAUUGUACACAAAAAUGUAUGCUAUAAUUGGUUUCUAUAGUGCAACAACACUAUUCUUGCUUGUAUGAGUUGACUUUUCAAAAAGCUGUAGUAGUUUUAAACGGCUGAGUUUUCUAAACUUGGACACUGCUUAUGCUUUCACCAUGAAUAUGUUUCCCCACUCAGUUGAAAUCAAUGGAGUCCAAUUGGGUAGGAUUAUCUUCCAGAAUAAGAAAUGUACACAAGAAUGUUUUACAAUUUAUUAUUCAUAUAUGGUAUAGGGCCUGGCUACCUACAAAACCCGCUUUGUCUCAUCACAUCAGCCUGUUCCGCUCAUUCAGUUAGGGAAGGCAUGCUACAGACCCUGUCAAUCAAAGAAUUUUUCUUCAAAAAUUAUUUGACGGGAUCAAGGAAGAGGACCUGUUUUGCUGCUGCCCCUGCUUUGUGGGUCAUCUUGCCCUCUGGGGUGAGGAAAGCCCUCAAUCUCUUGGCCUUUCACGAAGGGUCAAGGCUGUGUAGUCUUGGGGUGGGGGGGAAAUACAGGCCCACACAGCCACGGGCUGGUCGGCCUUAUGAGAACCCCUGCCUAUAUUAACAACUCUUAGUCUCUCCAUCUUGGAAUUCCAUCUUUUGUAAUUUUAUAAUCUUUUACAUUUUUUAAUUUUUUAAACCUUAAAUUAUAUGGUUUUUAAUGUUUUAUUAUACCAAUUAAAUUGUACACCACCCAGAGCCCCCUAUGAGGGAGUUGGGUGCUUAGGAAGUUUGAUAUGUAUAUAAAUAAAUGUUGCUACUUGUAGUCUUA